AUGGUCCCCGUUUACUCCCUCGUCGCAUGGCUCAGCAUCCUCUUCUACCAUGAUUCGGUUUAUUUCGAGGUCCUCGGUGACUGCUACGAAGCAUUCUGUAUCUCCGCCUUCUUCUCCCUCAUGUGCCAUUACAUUGCCCCGGACCUACACAGCCAGAAGGACUAUUUCCGCGGGAUCCAGCCGAAACAAUGGCUUUGGCCGCUGAAUUGGUUGCAGAAAUGUUGCGGUGGCGAGCGCAUCUGGCGUACCCCGCGCAGCGGUCUCACAUGGUUCAAUAUCGUCUGGGUGGGAGUCUUUCAAUAUUGCGUUAUGCGUGUGCUCAUGACUAUCGUCGCCGUCGUUACUCAGGCCUUUGGUGUAUAUUGCGAGGAGUCUCUCAGUCCUGCAUUCUCGCAUAUCUGGGUUGUCGUCAUUGAAUCGGUUUCCGUCACCAUAGCGAUGUACUGCCUGAUUCAAUUCUACCACCAGACCAGUCAAGACAUCAAGCAACAUUCGCCAUUCUUGAAGAUUUUGUCCAUCAAGCUCGUCAUUUUCCUUUCUUUCUGGCAAUCGAUUUUGAUCAACCUGCUGGUCUCGGAGGGCGCAAUCGAAGCUACAGACAAAAUCGCACUCAACGACCUCAAAACCGGUCUUCCUGAGCUGAUGAUCAACGUUGAAAUGGCCAUCUUCGGCAUUCUGCACCUCUGGGCCUUUGCCUGGAAGCCAUAUGCUCUCAACCAAUCAUCCGAAGUGACCGACUUCUACGGCAAUGGCAAGACCUCGUACGAGGGCGGACGCUACGGCGUCAGGGCAUUGAUUGACGCCAUGAACCCACUCGAUCUCUUCAAGGCCAUUGGCCGAAGUGCACGCUGGCUCUUCGUAGGCCGCAAGCAGCGCAUGCUGGACCCCAGCUACCGGCCACAAGAUGAGACAAUUGGCCUCCAGCCAUCCCAAGAAGGGAACAAUCUCACUGAGCAUGGAACUGCCUAUGUUGGCGCUGGACCCGUCGUUUCCGGAGGCCGCGAUGGCCGCUAUGCAUCUGACGAGGAGGGCGCGGUCCUUCUCGCCCACGCGCAACCAAACCCCGAAAUUGCACUCAUGGGCACUUCGCCGUACGCGUCCGACUUCGAUGAAAAUGUCCAUGACCGCAAUAGCCGCUUCUAUGGCCAAAGCUCCUCGCCCUAUAAUGACUCGCCGCUCCAGUCUCAUCAGAACCUGCACGCUGAACCGCUGGUCCAUCCGUACCCGUCUGAUGGCCCUCUCCGAGAGCAGGUGCCCAUGCCCAUUCCAGAUCCAUAUCGGCCUCCACCCCCGUAUCCAGAGAGCAAUCACCCAUGA